AUCGUCGGUUAUUCAGUUCAAUAGGUAUAGAAGAGAAAGUUAAUGAUGUUGAUAAUAAUAAUUGUGAAUUAUUCCUUUUGCUGUAGUUAGGUUUGAAAUAAUUGCAAUUACCUGUGGGUUAAUUAAGCAUCAGGAUGACCGUGAAUCAGAUAGCAGCCGGUACGACGGUGUGCGCAGGCGUGGCCGUCCUGGCCUACUUCGGCAUGCAGAUCUACCAGAAGAAGAAGCGCGACAUAAUGCCCUGGAAGUGGGAGGAGAUCGGCACGUUGGGCCAGAUGUUCUUCUACCCGCUGAAGAGCGGCCACCGGAUCGAGCUAGAGCGCGCCGAUUGCACGGUCUUCGGCCUGCGGCAGACCGACGGCGAUCAGAAAAUCCUGCGGCUGAUGGACAGGUGCUUGGUGGUCUACUCCGACAAGGACUACGAAUUCAGGACGGCCAGGACCUAUCCGCAAUUGCUCUCCAUCGACGUGGCGGUGCACGAUGAGAAGCACGUGGCUGUAGAUGCGCCUACUAUGAGGACGUUGUACGUCAAAAUACCUAACAGCGAAACGAGCGAAGAGUUUAAAGUCAAAUUGCACAAAGGCGAGCAAGUGCACGCGAUGGAUUGCGGCGACGAGGCAGCUUUGUGGUUCUCCAGGUACAUCCUUGAAAAGGACUCUGGGCUACGAUUGGCCUACCACGAUGCAAACCCCAAGCACAGACGGGACGUCUCAAGCGUGAAAAACACCUUACUGGAUUACUACAAAAACUACACCAAAUUCUCAACCGGAUUAUACUCGGAUCAAGUGAGCCUGAACGUCAUCAACCAGGCGUCGGUGAAGGACCUGCAGCAAAGGAUCAGCACCAACUCUAUAACAGUCAAUAACUUCAGACCUAACCUGGUGAUCGACGGGCCCGGAUUGAAACCCUACGACGAAGACGACUGGGAAUGGGUGAAAAUCGGCGACGUGGUCUUGAGGACGGUGAAGGACUGCACCAGGUGCAUGAUGACCACCAUCGAUCCCACGACGACCUCCAGGAACCUCAACAGGGAGCCGCUGAAGACCUUGGAAUCGUAUCGUAUCAGCAACGGACCGGAUCCACUGCCCGUGAUGGGCCUCCAAAUGGAGGUGAGAAGAAUCGGACAGCUGAACGUCGGCGAGAAGGUCUUCGUCGCUAGGAAACAGUGAUUGUAAAUACGCUCAAAUAGUUUACUCAUGAAAUGAUGUAAUUGUUGUAAAUAUUGUAAAAUACUGUUAAAAAAUAAAGUACCAGAUUAUAACUUUU